UGAUAUUCAAUACAUUAUUUGAAAAAUGAAUUCUGAAGUCUAAGACAUUAUAGAUUUAUAUUAGUAGAUAGUUUCCAAUUUAGAAUAGGAUCCACAACGCGAUGUUACUAUGUAUUUAAUAAGUUGAUCCUAUAAUAGAGAAUAACUAAAAAAUGAAAGAAAUUAUUGCACAAUAUUUAGAACCAUGUUUCCAUUUCUAGAGAAGGAAAUUGAUAAUAUUCAAAAAGAAAGAAAUCCAACAGGGGAAAAAUUGUAAGGACUAAUCGAAUUUUUAGUAAAUCAUCUUGAUAAUAUUUUUAGUCUUAUCCAGUUUUGACGAUGGAUUUGUCACAUAUCAGUGGUCAUUCUAUAGCUUAAGGAGAUUUGAGGCACCUUUACAACUUUUUAUAAAUCUUGCUUGAACUAUCAAAGCUUUAUAAGGAUUAAGUUUAAAAAGUCGAAUCGAAUAUAUCGAGCUAACGAAUUUCCUAAGAUAAAAAUCCAGAAGGAUAAUUUGGUAUAUAAUCACACUAAUUUAGACUUUGAUAAUAAUCCAGAGUAUGAGUAAUCAUCUGAUGGGGAUGAUGGAAAUAAAUAAACCUAAUAAAUAUAAAGAAAUAAAUCGGUAAAAGACUUGAAAUAGCCUGGAGAUAAAGAAAAGAAUACCACUAUUAAAAAUUAACUAUCAAAUAAUCAAAAAAAAGUUGCGGCUAAAGUUUCUAAUUCAAAGGAAAAUCAAUUAAAAGCUAUUAGCAAUAAUUUAUUACCUGUCACCUAAUUAUAAUAGAGAAUUAUUACACAAGAUCCAAAUUUGCCUGUAAAAUACAAGAAGCAGCAAUAAUAAUAGCAGGGUUAAAGGAUUUAAUAAACAAAUAAAUAACAAAAAAAUGCAAAGUAUCACUAAGAUGAAGAAUAAUUAGAAUAGCUUGCUUUUGAUUUCUCAGAUAUUAGUGAUAUAGAUUAUGAUUUCUUGUAAUAACAUGAUGAAGAAGAAAUUAAUCAAUUAGAAGAUGAUGAUCCAAUUAAAGCUAAAUAUUAAAGAGAAUAAUAAAAGGAUAAUAUCCGAAAAUUAUUGGAAGAAAAAGAAGGUGAAGAAUAAGGUGAAUAACCAGAAAUUGAUAAUUUCAUAGAUUUUUAAAUUUAAGUCAUAAAGGAAUCAUUAUCUAAAAUGAAGAGUUAACCUCCAAGUGAUGAAAAGGAAACUAUUGAAAAAAUCAUUAAAAAUAGAAAUUAAUAUAAAGAAUUUUUAAAAGAUUAUCUUAAGACUUAUCAAUAAAAAUAAAAGAAACAAGAAUCCUUAUAAAAUUAAUCAAAACGAAGUUAAAAGUAACUCACAAAAAUGAAUCAAAAAAAGAAGGAUGAUUUAAAAAAAGAAUUUGAAAAUGAGCAUUUGUCAAUGUAUUAUAAAUUAAGAGAUGAAAAAUUAAAUUAUUUAAGAAAAAUGUAAUAUUUUAUUAAAUUCUCAUAGUCAUCGAAUCAUCUUUGAAUUAGAAAAAAGAAAGAUUAUUGAUGAGAAGAAAGAUCAUCUAUAAAUGAGAAGAUAAUAAAACAUAAUUACAAGAAAUGCACUAGCAUCUGUGGAGAAUGCCUAUAAUGAUAAGAUUUCUAUGCUAAAAGAAAAACUGUAAAAUGAGCGAAAGGAAAGACAUGUUGCAGGAGUUGCUUAGAAAUAAGUAAAUUAAUUUUUGAUGAUUUUUAAGAUUCUGUCUAAAUUAGAAAAGGAGUUAAGAGAUGAAAAGAUUAAAUAAAUUUAAGAAUUAAAAGAUAUAUGGAGAUAAGAAAAAGAAAGAUUCGAUUAUUUAAUGAAAGAUGAUGGGGAAUUAGAAAAGAGAAUUCUUUAAAUUUACAAAAAAUAUUGAGAAAAUAUAUGCUAUUAUUAAUUAUAUAC